CUUUUCCCCUUGUCCUUCCUCGCGGGCAGCACCAACACUGUCGGCCGGGGUCAGUGUCGGUCGUGGUACCGCUCUGGAAAUUACCGCUCGAUAGCCAGGAGACGCUCUCGGACUUUUGCCGCCAAUUCAGGAGAUUCCACAGUUCAUGCGCCAUGGUCCACGGCUUACACCACGGUCAUCGCCCUUUCUCUGUCUCCUGCCUGCCUAUAUGUACAGGCUUCCCCCCCAGGCGCACUUUUCCUUCUCCCGUCGUCGUCCUUUGCACCGCCGUCGCUCGUUACGAUCUUUAAUUUCUAUACUCGCGAUCCUUUUGAAACUAUAUUAUAUUUUCCUUAAGGCUUUGGUAAUUGCCAAGCGGAGGGUUCCUAUCAUCUAUUAGUGACUCUCGGAAUUCGACCAUAAUGACCCGCUCUUCUAGUCUCCUCGCAGGGGGCUUCCUUGCCCUCUCCGUUAUGUUUGGCUCCACUGCUGGGGAAUCAUCGCAAUGCAAUCCCGGGCUCGUCAUCAACUCGAUCUCGUACUGUAACCGCGUUGACAAUCUUGGGUACAGCAACAUGGGAUAUAGCGGGGAGUACCAGCAGGUCACCGGCAUGGACAAGCACUCUUGCAAGUGUACCUACACUACGAAGAAAUUUUCUGGUCCUGGGGCACCAUUAAAUGAACCAAUAUCUCUUCACUUCCGUGGUCCCAUAAACUUGAAACAGUUUGCCGUAUAUACUGCAGACAACAAGAAAUCCAAGCGCUCAGAGAAGCAUCUGCGUCGUCAUGCCCAUGGCCACAAGCACAAGCGCGUUGCUGAGCCCGCUUUAGAGGUUGUCACUGAGUAUACUACGGCUUACACAACAGUCGAGACCGAGGUCACCGUGGCCCCUGUUCCGAAUUAUGUCAAGAGUGAUGGUCCAUCUCCGGGCAGCUCACACCCCCCUACCGUCAAGCCUGAUGGUCCAUCUCCGGCCGGCCCAUCCCCCCCUGCUGUCAAGCCUGGUACUGCUAAGUCUGAUACCGUUGAUCUUUCUUCUGCGGGAACAUUUAAGCGCCAGGCAUACUAUCACUCUGGACAAGGGGUUUCUGAAGGUCUGGUUUUCAUGAACCAUCGUGGUGGACAAGGAUCUGGCGAUUUCGACAUGGACUGUCUUGGUCAGUCAAUCUCAUAUGCCAGCAAGGAUAACAGUGCCGGUUCCUCUAAGCCGGAGAUUUUGGGUGAUAUCACCACCGUCUCAGAUGAUGAGUUCAUAAUCUUCUCGGAUAAGAAGUGUGAAGGAGAUGAGUGUGGCUUCUACAGGCCCGGAAUCCCAGCCUAUCGUGGUUUUGGGGGAGACAUUAGAGUUGUCCUUGCCGAGUUCUCAAUGCCCCGUGACAAGGGUGAUGCUGGUGGAAAGGGUGGUCAUGAUCUCCCGGCCAUCUGGGCUUUGAAUGCUCAGAUCCCCCGAGUUGCCCAAUAUGGGAUCAAGAGUGGUUCCUGCUCUUGCUGGCCGGAUUGUGGCGAGUUUGAUAUCUUCGAGGCUCUUCCUGGUAAUCCCGCCGCUGGACAGUCCGCCGCCGAUAUGAUGAAAUCCCAUCUCCACUGCGCGCAGGGUGGAAAAUUCGGUGGUGGUGGCAACGUCGACUUCUUUGAACGCCCUCUCAACGAGCCAAUAAAGCUUGCUGCUAUCUUUUACGGCGAGAACGUCUACAUCACUAAGCUUCCCAAGGAUACCACCUUUGAUAAGACAUUGAGCGAGGAGCUCAUUGCUAAUGCCAAGGACACUAAGUCCAUGUUCAAGAUCCCAAGUUAAUUUCCCAGCCUAUAUGUAGAAUAUAAUAUACACCUUUCACUUCGAGGAGGGGAGGGCUAGUACAUUGGCGUUCGUUAUUUGUCUCGAUAGUUGAUUAUAUUACUGUAAUUUUUUUUAUUUCCCUCCAUCUACUGCGCUACUUUUUUACUGCCCCAAUACCUUUUGCUGCGGAUCGAAUAGAAAUGGGAUGUUAGUGAUAUCGUCGUGGAAUUUCUGAAAAACCCGUGUAUGAUGUAGAGUCGAUUGUUGAUGAAAAAGUUUUUUAUUUUA